CUAGGAACCGCCAUAUUGGAUAAACAGUUUUGAAGUGGCGCUUAGUGACGGUAGGGCAAACUUUAUGCCGUGAAGACCAGCGGCAUUAUUAUUUUUGUUUUUGAAAAGCAAAUUAAAACCAUAGUUAGGUAUUCACUACAAUGGGGAAAAGAUGUAUAUGUGAAAUUUGUACUUGUGGCCGCCACCAUUGUCCUCAUCGUCCAUGGCGUCCAGGCGGUGACUAUGGAGAAUGCUUAGUUACUUCCUACAAUACAGCAUAUAAGCCACACCCACUUCAGCCCAGAGAAAGUUGCAAGCCUGAUCAAUCUGCCCUCCACAGUGAUGAGCCACUAUCUGAUAAAACCACUUUUCGAACUGAUUAUAUCAAACACCCACUGGAUAAGCCCUUUGUUCAUGCACAUGAACCUUAUAGAAGGCCAGAAGGUGAUCUUGAUACUCUAACAUCAUAUCACAGAGAUUAUACGGAAAAACAUGCUCCACCUGCCCAGAUGGUUAAACAUGAUGGACAGAGACAAUUACCUGCCAAGUUUGAAGGUGAACCCACUUACAAAAUUGAUUAUCGUAAAUGGCCCCUUGAAAGGCAACAAGCUAAACAUCCUGACGCUUGGGUGCCUCCAACACAACCUUUUGAAGGUCAGAGCACAUUCACUCGUGACUUCCGUAAGUACAAUGAGCCUCCUCGUAAGAGCAUGAAGCCUAAUGAAGCUCAUCAAAUGUCAGAUGCUCCCUUUGAUGGACAAACAGGCUACCGUGAUGACUAUAUUCGCCACCCGUUUCAACCACGUGAUGUCAAAGAGAAGGAACAGUACAAGUCCUCCAAUGUCCCUUUUGAUGGCCUGACCACAUUCAACAGAGAUUACACCAAGAAGAAUGCCCCAAAAACAGAAUCAUGCAAGCCCAAUUCUGAGGCUUUCCAGUCAGAUGCCCCUCUAGAUGAUCUCACCACCUUCAAGAAUGAUUAUAGAAAAUGGAAUGGAGAGCGGCCAUAUGUUCACCACCCUGACCAAUACAGGAAGCCUGAAGGUGAAAUGGAUCACAAUACAACUCACCGUCUGCAAUACAAGCCACAUCCUCUGCAGAAAGUUGCCCUGAUGAAACCUGGUGAAGGUAGAGUAAUGAUCCCAGGUGAGUUCAAUGGACUCACAAAUUACAAAAGUGAUUACAAGCCUUGGGGCAUCCAAAGGGAACAGCCCAAGGCCAGAGAUGGCUGGGUACCUAACAAUGUUCCUUUUGAUGGCACCCCUACAUACAAGGCUCACUACAUUCCUCAUGCCAUUGCACCCUCUAAGAGCAUGAAGCCAGAUGCUUCAGCCCUGAUGAGUGAUGCACCUUUUGAUGAUAAGACCAUGUACCGCACUGAAUAUGUCAAAAAGCAUGCAGAUAUCUGUCCAGCAGCAGUCAUUGAUACAAAAUCAUCUAAAUACGCAUAUGUUGAAACAGAUGGGCGUGGACACAAACAGUAUGUUCCAGUUUUUGAACAGACGAGUAUCCUGGGUACUGGCACUCCAUCAAUGCCGAAAAUCCCAGCAGGCAUGGUAGCAGCUUAAAUAACAAUCACUUCAUAGAUGGUAAAAAUAACAAAUGUUUUUUUGUUAAAUUAGAAUAGCCAAAGAUUCUUUGAUGAUAAUAUUUACUACUAAGUGUACAUUUUGUGAAAAUAUUCUUUCACUGAAAUGGUAAGACAAAUUAUGAAUCUUUACAAUAACUUAACAAAAAGGAAAAUUAUAAAUUAUAACUUCUUGUAUGCCCAUAAAAAGAAUUGUAAAUGAUAUGCCUUUAAGAUUUAAAAAAAAAUGUUGUUUUUUUACUUAAUAGUAUUUGCUAAAUUACUAUAUAAGGAAUUGGUUAUUUUAAAAAGUGCACAAUUUUGAGAAAUUAUUCAGAACUAUGACUCAUUCAUUUCAAAUUAUUUGUACACCAUAUAAAUGUUGCUAAUCGUACAUUUACGUGGUUGAAUAAAGGUUAAAUUUGAACCAAAUAUAAAGUGGAAAUUAGAUUUUACAAAAAGUUUCUCCUGUGACUUCCAUUUUUAAUAUCAUGCCAUUUAAUAUGCUAUGGUAAAUACUUCUCUAUUUUUCUGAUUCUAUUUUUUGUUUUCUACACACUAAAGUUUGUUAGUACAAGUGUCUUAUUUCUGAGAAAUAUUGGAGGCUCAAAAUUAAACUUGCAAUUUAGCAUAAAAUUUGGCAUCCUCUAUGUUUUUGACUGAGUACAAAUGUAUUCUAAACAUUAGUAUUUAAAAGCUGUGAUACUUGAGUCAUUAUAAUUUCACUUUUAUUUGUUUGUUUCGUUAUAAUGUCUAUGUAAAUAUAAGUGAGGAAUGAGCUCAAUCUGUUUUCUAUAAAAAAAAAAAUUAUAUUUAUUCAAAUUCAGUUUGUACAACUUGUAUAAUUUUCUUUUUUUACCAAUGUCUAUUUUAGUCACAAAAAUUUUCUUUCGUUUAGUUCAUUUUUUUUUUUUGCAUAUAUAUAUUUAUCUAGUUAGUCAGCCGUAUACUUUUUAUAAAUUUAUUUUAUAAACUGAAAAUAAAAUGUAUGCAAUUUAUAUAACUGUGAAGAUAAAAUUGGACACUGCUGAUUAAUGUAUGUUUUUAUGUAUACCUAAACAUUUAGCAACAGAAUAAUAAAAUGUACCAUCUUCUGCUGCUGAUUUUUUAAUAAAGGAAGUUCAUAUGAAAAAGAACAAUACAAAAUAUUGAAUACUAAGCAAUAAAAGAAUUUAUAUCAUUCUUACAACACUGGCAGUUAUGUGAAAUGUGUUCUUCCUAGUAAAAAUCUCCAUUGUUCCUUUUUAAUAAAUACAUUUAUUUUACAA